AGUUUGAGACCCCGUUGUCCUAUAUGUUGUUAGCCGGCUCUGGGCGCUGGUCGCGGUGGACUGCAGGCCCCAGCAUGCUCCGUGCUCCCGUAACCAGCAGCGCUACCUGGAACGUGCCCAUAUGGAGCUGUCCCUGGAGCGCAGUCCUCAGUCGCCAUGCUGGAUCACAUUGCAUCCUCCGUGAAGAACAUGGCCAUCUCCAAGGAGAAGAUAUCAGAGAAGAUCCUCAACCAUGCCCUUGAGAUCAUCUACCUGGUGACGGGAGAGAAAUAUGUCCUCGUGAAGAAGAAGUCUCCUCACUGCUGCAUCCACCCGCAGUCCGGGACGGUGCCUGUAAAAUGCGAUGACGUGGCCGUCUACUUCUCCAUGGAGGAGUGGGACUAUGUGAAAGGACACAAGCAGCAGUACCAGAGCAUUAUAACCGAGACCGAACCUGACAAGAUGGACACUGCAGACUUGGGUAUAACACAGGAUGCACAGGAUGUUGAUGAAAGCCGCUCCCCAGAAUUAGAAGACCUGCACGUGGAAGAAAUAGACUACGAGUCAACCAGCGGGAAGGAUGACGACGAGUAUGAAGAGGAAGACCACAAGAUGAAAUGCAAAUAUGAGCUGAGCAGUGGACCCCCGGGGACCUCAGCGGCCAAUCGCUUCACAUCCAUCAUAGAUGACACCUACCCUGCAGCCCCUUUACUGGAUGAAAGCGAAAUCAAGGUGGAGAUGACCGAAGAGAUAAAAGAAGACGGGACGUACGAAAGCCUCGCCAACAGGACGUCUGCACCGGACAAAGUCACGACCCCCCAUUACCGCUGGAACCCAAACAUCUGGAGCAUCAGUGAGCGGUUCAUAUGUAGUGGGAAUGGUAGACCCUUUGACCCCUACCCAGCCAUAAAACCCACCACCGAGGACAAGCCCACAGAAACAUCCCGCCUGCAGUUCAUCAACCAGGUCGCCUUAGACGACAAGCCGUUCCGAUGCAUCGCCUGUGGACAGAUGUUCAAAUACAAAUCCAGCGCCAUGCGGCACUACAGCGUGGUCCACGGGGUGAAGCCUCACCAGUGCAACGAGUGCGGCAGAAGGUUCUCCACCAAGUUCAAAGCCGUCGUUCACAAGUGCAACCCCCGCAAACACUCAAAGGAUUUCUGGGACGAUCAGGGGGGGUUCACUCUUUAGAAAUGGGCGGUUAUUGAGGUGAAAAGCUUAGAGGGAAGACAAAGUUUUAAAGGACCACUCCAGGCAAAACGGAUCCACUGUGUCAUGCCAGACUCGGGUCCUGAGGGGAUGGAGCAUGACGGGGAUCUCUGUCUUGUGGUGUUUGAAUCCCUCCGGCUCCGCAUACACUUAUCAAGUUUACCUGGAGUGUUCCUUUAAAAUCUAAACAAAACAAAAAGUAUCCACUAAAGUAAGUUCUUGAGGUUUCCUUUUUUUUUGCAAGCGUGGCCACCAUUGCAGCUUAAAGUGAAUGUCCACCUAAAAACACUUAUCUAAAUAGGUCCAAAAUUCUGUGUUGAUGUAAUGUCCUAAUCUGUAUUUAUAGCAGCCGGAGCUUUGUUUCUAUGGCGACCCCCAGCGUAGACCUAGAUUUAGAAGAUGAAUUUCUGAUUGCCUGUAGUCACCACUAGGGGGGAGUGUGGCGCUUACAGCAUACUGUUCAUACAUGCGGCUCCAUAAUAACACCGUAUGCUAAUGAGCUCCCUCUAGUGGUGGCUGCAGGCAACCAGGAGUUUCAUUUUAUUCUGUGUCCAUGCAGAGGGUUUGGAGGUCUAUAUUACAAAAAUGGAGCUAAGCACAUUAUACUGGACCCAAGAACGCUUGAAGUGGUCACUUACCUUUCAACAGACUUUUCAUAAACCAACUUUUGCAUCCAAUGCUGAUGUAGAGGAGUCCUGGACUCUUGCAGGGACGGACAGGUUUGGGACUGUAAACCCCAGCUCCAUAACUGCAUAGGGCUCCAAAACCAGGCGACAUUUCUCUAUGGACAUCGGCAAAUACACCAAGUAAAGCCCCUGGCACAUACAUCAGGUGUAGCUACAGGACUCUUCUCCUGACAGGUGUCCUAUGUGUUGUUCUGACGCAGCCUUAGAGUUGAAUGCUAACAUUGUCUGAAAUCGCCACCAGGGGGAGCUCACAGCACAUCCUUUAUUAUGGCUCUCAGUGUGAGUAUGCAUUGAGCGCCCCCAUCAGGUGAUCAUUUACCUGUGAUUUCUAUAGGACUAUUACCAUGACCCGGGUGUGGAUGGUAUACGUUUUUCUUUCAGUACAUAUCCCAAUGAUGUGAAAUUUCUGACAUGUGGACUUUAUUAUGUAUUGAGUGGUUUGUGAGUCCCGUACUGUAUCAUGUGGAGGGGACGGGGUUAUACCAGAGGGAAGAUUAGUUUAUCUGCGGUUUUUCUUUCUUUUUCUUUUUUUGUAAUUGUGCGACAGAACGACAAUGGGAAUUGCUCAAAAAUCUUUUUGUAAGUAGACAUUCUUUUUGUAUGCGAAAGGUCCAAUAAACUGAAAGCACAUCUCUGCUCAGA